AUGAAAUUAUAUACAAAGGAGGAGAAAGAGAAGCUUAUAGAAUAUUUUAAGAAAGAUUCUGAAAAUCGGAUACGACGUCUUGAAGAACAAUAUGCAACUAUAGCUCAAGAAUCAGAAACGAGAAUACUUAGACGAUUAAAUAAUGUUAGUGCCACUUUAUGGAAUGUUAAACUAAAGGAUGUCCUAGCCAUCGAACGUCAUCAUAAACCCACAAUAAAGCAUCUUUUGGCCGAUAUACGUGCUUUACAUCAAGAGCUGUCAUUUAUAUCUUAUAACGACUCUUCGUCGGCAGAUCAUACCCGCAACUCAGUGCGACCACUCAGGAGUGUGUCGUUACGCGAUCCACAUUCGCGCGUCUCUAAACCACCAUCAAAGAGAACAACUUCUUCCCAUCAAUAG